AUGGCGGCCUCGACGAAGGAGUCCCCUCGCGCUGCCAACACCCCCUCUGGCGCACAGCAGUCUGUGAAGUCUGCCGCGGAUCGCAAGACCGCCCGCGAGCCACGCCGAUCCACCAACCACGACCGGCGCACCUCGUGGCCGCAGACGCCCGCCUCUCCUCCCGCGCUCGCCAAAACGCCCCUCGAUCCUCUCUCACAGAGCAAGGAAAACAAGCAGAAUGGCACGGAGCAACAGCGCAGCCACAUGCGGAGUGCGUGGAGGUGCUCCCUCCUCACUCUGGCCACCAGCGCAUGCUCCAUCCUGCUCCUUCUCACCAUCGUCCAUUCUUUCCUGCACCGCCAACAAGACCCCAAAGGAUGCGCCAUGUCCUACAUGAGCCCCAUGUUCACCCGCUUCACCGACUUUGACACCGAGCACACUCGCUUCGCCAGCAAAUAUUCCCUGUACCUGUACCGAGAAGGGGGCGUGCACGAAGACAAUCGCCUCAAGGGAAUCCCCGUCCUCUUCAUCCCGGGCAAUGCUGGCAGCUACAAACAGAUGCGGCCCAUCGCUGCCGAGGCGGCGCAUUACUUCCACGAUGUCUUGCGCCAUGAUGCUGCUGCUCUGCACAACGGCAAGCGCCCACUCGACUUCUUCACCGUUGACUUCCACGAGGAAUUGACGGCCUUUCAUGGCCAGACUCUUCUGGAUCAGGCAGAGUACCUCAACGAGGCCAUCGCCUACAUCCUCGCCCUCUACCUCAACUCCGACAGGUCACUGCGGGAGCCUGGGCUGCCUGAGCCCAAAUCCGUCAUCAUCCUCGGCCACUCCAUGGGCGGCGUUGUCGCGCGCACUAUGCUCCACAUGCCGAACUACCAGCUGAACACAAUCAAUACGAUCAUCACGCUGUCCGCGCCGCACGCACGCGCGCCCAUCUCUUUUGACGCGGAUAUGGUGUCCACGUAUCAUGAGAUCAAUACCUUCUGGCGCGACUCCUUCUCCGCCAUCUCUCCCGCACGGAAUCCACUGGCGGACGUCACGCUGGUCUCGGUCGCGGGUGGCGGGCUGGACACGAUGAUUCCUUCCGAGUACUCCAGCAUCACCUCCCUUGUGCCCGACACUCACGGCUUCACAGUCUUCACCUCGAGCAUACCAAACGUCUGGACCGGCAUGGAUCAUCUUGCGAUCAUGUGGUGUGAUCAAUUCCGGAAAGCGCUCGUCAAGGCUCUCUUCGAUGUCGUUGAUGUGCGAAGACCUGCGCAAACCGGUGCGCAACCUGACCGCGUCGCCGCGCUUCGGCGGCGACUUUUGACCGGGAUGGAGCGCGUGGUGGACCAGACUGCACUGCAUCAGGAUCCUACCUUGUUCUUGACGCUCGAACACAGCUUCACCACCAUGAUGGCGCACGGCGAGCGACUGCAACUUCGUUCGAUCGGUGAGGCCGGGCUCACUCGGGCACACGUCAUGCCAGUCCCGAGCCAGCUUUCUGCCGAGGGCGGCAAGUUUACCUUGCUAACGGACCAGACACUCGGUGUCGGAAACGACGAUGCACCCAUUUCAGUCUUCCUUUGCAGCGUUUCCCCUCCGCCUUCGGGAGCAUCCAUCCUCACCUUUGCCAUGAAUCACGACACCGAGGGUGGCGGCGUUGGCUCGACUCGGCUUGCUUGUAAGAAUGCAGCUGCGGACGUCUCCCUUUUGCCGGCUUCCACAAACGAGUCCACGAACGCCUUUGGCCCCGCCAAGCCGUUCUCCUACUUGCAGUAUAAUGUCGCCGACCUGUCGGACACUCAGUUCGUAGCGGUCGUCGAGAAUGCUUCGGAGCCUUUACCCGGCUGGCUUAUUGCCGAAUUCACGACUGCUUCCGACUCGACCAUCACCAUCAGCAAAGGCCAUCACCAGAUCCUGAUGAAUGGGCUGCGCCGAAAGUUACCCGCAGACCGGCCAAUGAUGAUGGAGGUGAAGAUUCCGGAGGUCCACGCCACGCUCUUCGCCUAUCGUUUCGAGAUCGAGCGCAGGCAAUGUCGACACAGCGAAAGCUUCGCACCGCUGUUGCGGCAGUAUAUCCAAGAGCCCUACGAGUCGAAGUACUUUGUCAAUGCUCGAGCGGGCAAUAUCAACGUGCAUGGCAUUUCACCGUACAUGCCUCCUCCACUCAGCGGCGGUGGCGCGAGCGAGGGCCUCUCCUUGCAAUUCUGGACCGAUCCCGCGUGCAACUCCACCAUGCGAAUCUCCAUCCACGUGGAUGUACUGGGCAGCGCCGGAAAGCUUGUCAUGCGCUACCGCGCGGUCUUUGCCGCCUUCCCUGUGCUCGUUGUCGCCAUUGUCCUGCGCAAGCAGUUCAAGGUCUACGACACCACCGGGGUGUUCAUGAGCUUCUCGCACAGCAUGGACCAGUGUCUGCGCACAUCCCUCCCCACCAUCUUCACCGCCCUGACCUUUCUCGGGGUUGCAUUCUCCAAAGCGAGUAAAGGGCCGUGGACAGCCAACUGGCUGAACAGUGCAACCAGCAGCACUGCCGAACACGCCAUCGAUUUCACGACGAAUGAUCUUCUACUGGGCAAUUCCGAUCCGUUUUUCUGGUUUUUGGUUCCCUUGUUUGGCCUUAUUAGCGUCGGCAUUUGCAUCGCGGUCAACUACAUCGCGCUGACCUUGCUACAUCUCUUUGCGAUCGCAUACUCGCUCAUCCACCGCUGGACAUCGCGCUCCGACGAUCCUCGAAAGCCCGCAACCACUAAUUUCGCUUCUUCGACGACGCAGCAACGCUUCAUGACCAUUGGGGUCCUGCUGUUGCUGGUCAGUACAAUAAUUCCCUACCAAUGGGCGUACCUGGUCCUCUGCUUUGUGCAAAUCAUCACCUGCACCCGUGCCCUCCGGACCGCGCGAGAAACGCAGUCGGGCCACAACUCCAACUUUUACAACUACACCCAUGCGAUGCUGGUCGUCAUGCUCUGGAUUCUGCCGCUCAACAUGCCCGUGCUGAUCGUGUGGAUCCACAACCUCGCCGUCCAUUGGUUUUCCCCUUUCUCCACGCAUCAUAACCUUGUUUGCAUCCUGCCGUACAUCCUUCUCGUCGAGACGAUGAGCAUGGGCAAUAUGGUGCCUCGUCUGACCAGCCGCGCUCGCUACCUCACCAACACCCUCAUCUUUGGACUGGCGCUCUACGCGGCCAUCUACGGCGUCACGUACGCAUAUCGCCUGCAUUACCUCGUGAACGCCCUGUGCGCGUGGCUAUCCCUCAUCCAUUUGUCUAAUGGACCGCUCUCGCUGGCGAGGCUUUCCCAGUACCUGCCCGGGUCGGGGAACACUACGAAGAAGAGGCCAUGA